GUAGUUCCUAAUUGUGUCUCUUAUCCUUUGACUUUUCAUUGUCUGUUCCAUGCUUACCUUUGUGAAUACAAUUAUAUUGUUUCGGUUUAGUCUUCUUUAUUUCAGUUGACUUCAAGUAGGAUUAGGUAAAAUACUGUCGGAUAAAGUCUUGUUGCGUAGUCAACAAGUUAAUACAGAGGGCAUGAGUGAGGCUUGUACUUGUUCUACGUCAACGAAGAAUAUAAAGACUAUUUCAAAAGUCAAAACAUUAGAGGAAAAUAGCUAAACCAAUCAUUCGGACCAAAACAAAUCCAACAUUGUUGUCGUGACGGGCAGAUCUUGUUGAUCUACCAAUCAGAUUUGUACUGUAUAAUGAACGACUUCUUCUGUUCGAUCUCUCUAUACACAGAGCUCAAGUGAUCCACCAUGUUAUUAGUAGAAAAGUUCUUCAUAUCAUGGUUAUCUUCAGGAGAGAUCUAAGCCAUCGGAUUGUAUUGUGUGUUUUAUUGCUGCUCUUCUCUUUCCAAUUUCUUUCUUGUGUAACUUGCCAGCAAGAGUCGGAAUUAGCAGGUCGCAAUGGUAAAACCAAAGUCACGGUGGAAUCGGUAAUAGGAAUCGUUUUGCUUUCGAUGUUCCUCUUAAGUAUGGUCGUUUGUUGCUUGCACUAUGGAUUCUUUAGUGAAGAGAAUGAGACGGGAGGCCAUGAAGUAUUGAACAGUAUAGUGAGGCGUGGGCUUGAAAAGGAUGUCAUUGAGUCCUUUCCGGCUUUUCUCUAUUCAGAGGUUAAAGGGCUCAAGGUAGGCAAAGGCGGAGUUGAAUGUGCAAUUUGUCUAAGCGAGUUUGAGGAUGUAGAGAUGCUACGAUGGAUGCCUCCUUGUAGCCACACUUUCCAUGCUAAUUGCAUCGAUGUGUGGCUCUCUUCUCGGUCCACAUGUCCGGUUUGCCGUGCAAAUUUGUCUCUAAAAUCCAGUCAGAGCUUUCCAUAUCCGAGCAUGGAUGUUGAAAUGGGAAAUGCACAGAGAAGUGUUGAAGAAUCCCCCAAUGAGAUAAGCAUGACAAAUAGAGUGACAGGGAUUAAUAACGCAAAUUAUGGAACACCUCGAUCAAGAUCCACAGGGUUAUUGUCGAGCUGGCGUGUGGUUGAGAUAUUUUUCCCUAGAUCUCAUUCGACCGGACAUUCACUGAUUCAACUAAGUGAGAAUCUAGAUCGGUUUACACUGCAGUUACCGGAGGAGGUACAAAGAGAAUUGGUUAGCCUGAAUCUGAUAAAGAGAGGCCAUGUAGCCUUACCUCAAGCCAGGAGUUCUAGGCAGGGCUACAGGAGUGGGAGUGUUGGGAGCCAGAGAACUGGUUUCUCACAAGGACGGCAAACACUCAGGCGGGCCAUAUCCACGUCCCUCUCUUUCUCCUUCCAAGCUGCUCCUAUUCAGUCAACACUUCGCAGGGACAAUGUAAUGCGAGAGACUUCCCAAGCUAAUGACAAAGAUUUUGGAGAACGGUCGUUCCAGCGCCUCAUACCAGAGAAAGUCUAA